GAGUUGAAGUGCAACACACUCAGAAACUCUGCUGAACUUUGACCUUCAGAGAGCAAUAACAGCUCCAUCUGACAGUUCACCUUAUCAUCAAGGUGGUAUGGAAUAUGGGAAGGAACCAGCUUUGGUGGCUGUAAGACACCAGUCUGUUUACCAUCUCUGUUAGGAGAGCAGUGGUUAGGUAAUAAGGGCAGUCAGCUCUCGCAGAUUUCCACUUGGGAGCAGGACAGUCCCGGACAGUGCUUCGGACGUCUGAUCUGGACAGCCAGCCAGGAUUGCCUGAAAACCUUCACAGAGCAUUUCCAACUUUGCAAAGCUGGACAGAAAGAUGAUGUUGAGUAAAGAUCUUCCAGACAUUGAGAGCAUCCUGGCUCUUAAUCCAAGAGUUAGGAGUCACGCUCAGAUCAUGUCCACAGCAAAUAAAAAGAAGGAAAAGAAGCACUGGAUGCGAAACCCUGAAAGGAACUGCGAUUCUUGUGUAAAGCUGGAGAACAACUUCGAUGAUAUCAAGCACACAACGCUGAGCGAGAGAGGAGCUCUGCGAGAAGCACUGAGGUGUCUAAAAUGUGCUGAUGCUCCCUGUCAGAAGAGCUGCCCAACAAACCUGGACAUCAAGUCAUUUAUUACAAGUAUCUCUAACAAGAACUACUAUGGAGCAGCUCGGGCUAUUUUAUCCGACAACCCUCUGGGUUUGACCUGUGGAAUGGUUUGUCCCACAUCAGAGCUUUGUGUCGGGGGCUGCAACCUGUAUGCCUCUGAAGAAGGACCCAUUAACAUUGGAGGGUUGCAGCAGUUUGCUACAGAGGUGUUUAGUAAAAUGGGCAUCCCACAGAUCAGGAAUCCUGAACUCCCACCAGCUAAUGAGAUGCCAACAUCUUACCAUGCCCCGAUCGCUCUGAUCGGCUGUGGUCCAGCAUCAGUCAGCUGUGCCUCUUUCUUGGCCCGUCUUGGAUACGAUAACAUCACUAUAUUUGAGAAGCAGAAAUACACCGGGGGGCUGAGCACGUCAGAAAUCCCUCAGUUUCGCCUUCCAUAUGAGGUUGUCCAGUUUGAGAUAAAUUUGAUGAAGGACUUGGGAGUCAAGGUAGUUUGUGAGAAAGGUUUAGGUGUUAAUGGCAUGACUCUGAGGUCCCUAAAGGAGGAAGGAUUUAAGGCUGUUUUCAUUGGAAUUGGUCUCCCACAGGCCAACAGGGCAAAAAUCUUCCAAGGAUUAACUGUGGAUCAAGGCUUCUUCACUUCUAAAGAUUUCCUGCCUAUGGUGGCGUCUGCCAGCAAGAAAGGCAUGUGUCAGUGCCGCUCUUCUCUCCCAGAGCUGAAGGGAGUAGUGAUAGUUUUGGGGGCCGGUGACACUGCUUUCGACUGUGCCACCUCAGCUCUUCGCUGUGGAGCCAAGAGAGUGUACGUCUGCUUCAGAAAGGGAUUCACCAACAUCAGGGCCGUUCCUGAGGAGAUGGAGUUGGCUAAGGAGGAGCAGUGCGAGUUCCUGCCCUUCCUGUCUCCUCGUGAGGUCAUCAUGAAAAAUGGUAGGGUUGCCGGGUUACAGUUCUGCCGCACUGAGCAGACAAACGAAGGUGACUGGCUGGAAGAUGAGGACCAGAUUGUCAGGCUGAAGGCUGAUUACAUCAUCAGUGCUUUUGGGUCCAUGUUGAAUGAGCCUCAGGUGACUGAAGCAAUGGCGCCUGUGAAGCUGACCCGCUGGGGUACUCCAGAGGUGAACACAGACACAAUGCAGACCAGUGAGCCCUGGGUGUUUGCUGGAGGAGACAUCGCUGGUUUGGCAAACACCACUGUGGAGUCUGUGAAUGAUGGCAAACAGGCCUCAUGGCACAUCCACAGAUACAUACAGUCUCUUCAUGGACAGACAGUGGACACAGUCCCUAAACUCCCGUUAUUUUACAGUGCGAUAGAUCAGGUGGAUAUCAGCGUUGAAGUUUGUGGAAUAAAGUUUCCAAAUCCAUUUGGCCUGGCCUCUGCUCCUCCCACCACCAGUACAGCUAUGAUCAGAAGAGCAUUUGAACAAGGAUGGGGCUUUGCUCUGACCAAGACAUUUGGACUUGAUAAGGACCUGGUGACCAAUGUGUCUCCUCGUAUUGUGCGUGGUACCACCUCAGGUCAUGUGUAUGGACCUGGUCAGGGCUCCUUCCUCAACAUUGAGCUAAUCAGUGAGAAGACAGCAGCCUACUGGUGUCAGUCCGUCACUGAGCUGAAGAAGGAUUUUCCCAAAAAUGUGGUGAUCUCGAGUAUAAUGUGCAGUUACAACAAAGAAGACUGGACAGAACUAGCCAAGAUGGCCGAGGUGUCAGGAGCAGAUGCUUUAGAGCUGAACCUGUCCUGUCCUCAUGGGAUGGGAGAGAGGGGCAUGGGACUGGCCUGUGGACAGGAUCCAGUGUUGGUGCGUAACAUAUGCCGGUGGGUGCGUGCAGCCAUUUCCAUUCCAUUUUUUGCCAAACUGACACCAAAUGUUACCAAUAUUGUUGACAUCGCCAAAGCUGCCCAUGAAGGUGGAGCCAGUGGUGUCACAGCCACCAACACAGUCUCAGGUUUGAUGGGACUGAAGGCUGACGGUUCUCCCUGGCCAAGUGUUGGUGGGAGCAAACGCACCACAUACGGAGGGGUGUCUGGUAACGCCAUCAGACCAAUUGCUCUUAAAGCAGUGGCAGCUAUUGCCAAGGCAAUCCCUGGUUUCCCUAUUUUGGCCACUGGGGGUAUUGACUCAGCAGAGACUGGACUGCAGUUUCUCCAUGCUGGGGCCUCAGUGUUACAGGUGUGUAGUGCAGUUCAGAACCAGGACUUCACUCUGAUUGAGGAUUACUGUUUGGGUCUGAAAGCCUUGUUGUACCUUAAGAGCCUGGAUCUGAAGGACUGGGAUGGUCAGUCUCCUCCCACUGAGAGACACCAAAAAGGAAAACCAGUUCCCAAACUGGAAGACCUGGUUGGAAAGAGUCUCCCUAGCUUUGGUCCAUACCUCCAGGAGAGGACAGAAGCCAUAGCAAAGUACAAGAAACAGCUUAGAGACAUUGGUAAAGGUGAUUCAGCAGACGCAAACAUUAGCCAGAACAACAAGCCCAAAAGACCUGUUCCUGCUGUCAAGGAUGUGAUAGCCAGAGCGCUGCGCCACAUUGGAGCAUACCAGGAGCUUGACAACAUUGAGCAGGUCCAGGCUCUGAUAGAUGAAGAUAUGUGCAUCAACUGUGGGAAAUGUUACAUGACCUGCAAUGAUUCUGGAUACCAGGCUAUACAGUUCGACCCAGAGACCCACCUUCCGUUUGUGACUGACAGCUGUACUGGCUGCACUCUGUGCUUCAGUGUCUGUCCAAUCAUAGACUGCAUCCAGAUGGUUACCAGGACAACACCUCAUGUACCAAAAAGGGGUAUUCCCAUUAGUCCUAUCUGUUAAAUGAACUAAGCAAGCCAGUGCUUUCUACCAGUGUAAUAGCGAAGAUCAGACAUUGUAAAGUUUGCUUUGGUGAAAUUGCUGUACAGUCCCAGUAAUGCAGAAAUGUGAGAAAGUGAUCACAGGAAAAAAAAAAAGUUUGUUCUCUCAUUAGACAAUGCAAGGUGUUUUGGAAUAAAUUAAUUUAUGAGAUUAAUUUAUGAAAAGGACACAGUUAUCCUAAUUUGUAUUAAUAACAACAGUAAUAAUGUUGGAUCAUUAAUUCGCUCUGACUUAAAUUAUAUUAGUUAAUGUAGGAUUAUGACCUCAUCACCAGGAUUUUAAAUUAAUAUAAAAUUUACUGUUUAAUCCAUGUAUUAAUAUAAAAGGAAUUUCCUUUAAAUAAAACUUACCGUCGCCAGAGCAUAAAA